GAUUCAAUUACUGUGCCUGCGAAUCAAUUACAUUCGAUACGCAAAGCCGAAACCAAUGCGUGCACAUCCCUCGAAUCGAAGCCGAUACUCUCUGCUCAAAGCUUAUCAUACGUGUCAAACGUAUUUCCAUUUCCACGGAUUGACUCCUGAUCACAUCAUCUUGAAAUCCUCUAACGGUACCGGAGCAACCGGUUGGCGACCGGUUACCAUUCAAACGAGACAACCAAGAGCGAAUUCUUGGGGUCUCGAUAACUUUCGUGGAUUCGACGUUUAUGAAAAGGCCUCUGCUCGAGAUGCGGGCAAUGAUAAUCCCGCUAUACAAGAGAAACCGACCGUUCAACCGGACCCAGUACCGUUUCGACAGCCGAGAGAAAAGCCAUGAAGCUGCAAAACUUCGUUAAAUACCUCGUAUGCGGUCUUUUGUUGGUGCUCGCCACGAGAUCGAUUCGCUGUUUCGAGGUUGCUCCAUCCAAUAAAUUGCGGGAAACACGAGGCAUUUUGGACUUCCUGUUGGGCAGAUUCAAAACUUGUGGCAAUUGUCUUUGCGGUCGACCGAAUCGAUUUGGCGAAACACGAUUUCUCGGUGGAGAAUAUACAAAAGUUCACGAAUUUCCAUGGCUUGCGAAUAUUCACGUGAGAUCGAAAUUUCUCAUCAGCGGAGUUCUGAUAAACGAUCGUUACGUUCUCUCUUCGGCCAAUCAAUUCGUUGGCGUAACAGCGGCGGAAGUAAAAGUAUCCCUUGGAGAAUACGAUCGAUGUAAUUUGGACGUGUCGUCGAGCACGAUCAGCGUUGAAUCGUUGAUUCUCUAUCCAGAGUAUAACAUAGAGUCUCAUGCUCAUAACUUGGCAUUGAUCAAAUUGAGUCAAACUGUUAAAUUCGAGAGAAGGCUAUCACCCAUCUGUUUACCAAAUCCAGGUUCGACUUAUCUUGGACAAGUUGGAACGUUGGUCGGAUGGACGGUGAAGGACAUAGACGAUUCAAACAACAAUCAAACUUGUCGGCCACGAAAAUUGGGACUUCCAAUUUUGGGACAUGAGGAAUGUGUCAAAUCCGGAAUAAAUCCUAUGAAUUUUCACAAUGAUUCCGGUUGUGUUGGAGUAUUAGGUGGAAGUUCUAUUGUAUGCGAGAACGACGUGGGUUCCUCAGUACAAUAUCGUUCAUAUUUUGGAGUGUAUGAUCUCGUUGGUAUAAUUUCAGAUAUAAACAAGUGUGAUAAUAUUCCUGCAGUUUCGAUAUUCACGAGGGUUGGCCCACAUUUAAAUUGGAUAUUACAACAAACCAAUGAUGCUUGUUAUUGUUCAAAAUAAUAGAUUAUUAUUUUUUUACAAUACUUGCAUUUCAAAAUAAUUUAUUUUUAUUAUUUUUCAAU